GAUGGGAAGGGUGGCUCUCUCUCCCUCUUUUUGGGAGGAGGGGGGGCGGCUUUAACUUUGACAUACUAUCCAAAGGUUGUAGGGCAGGAGGAAUCCCCCUAAAACAGGGCGACCCUCUUCCAUCAUUGGCAAAGGAACAAUACCUAGAAUGAACUUCUUCUUAGACUAUGCAAUUUGUAACCGGGGGAGCAGCGCCUACGCGCCCAAGGACUACCAGCCUCUCGACCCGGGGACCUCUUCCUUCCCCGCCUGCUCAGGUAGCCCUCCUUCCUGUGACACCUACACUUCCGACGGGCCCUUUGGGGCGGGCGGGCCCCACGCCCACCCCCAGCAGAGCUCCUGCUACCCUCCUCCUCCUCUCCCCCCCAGCCCCGCCGGCCUGGGCAUCUCCUUCGCGGGGUCCUCGCAGUCAGGAGGAGGGGGAUUCUCGGCCCCCGGCUGCAGCCCGGGCUUCGUCGGCCAGCAGUUCUACCUCAACCCGCAGGAGACGGACGGAGCUUACUUCCAGCCCUCCGCCUACCCCAGCCAUGGGGCGGCCGCCUCGUCGUCUUCCAGCCUGGGGAGUUUGCCCGAGGGGGGCUUCUGUGGGCAGUUCCAGCCCCAGCUCUACGGGCCAGAGCCGGGGGGCUACCUGCCAGGGGGGUUUGGCAACCUUUCCCCGCCCUUGCAGGAGAACAAAGAGCCGCGGCCUUCCAGCAGCGCCCUGACCUUUGACUGGAUGAAAGUGAAAAGGAACCUUCCCAAAACAGCGCAAGCGUCGGACUACGGCCUGGCGGUCCACCCCAGCGCCAUCCGGACCAACUUCACCACCAAGCAGCUGACCGAGCUGGAGAAGGAGUUCCACUUCAGCAAGUACCUCACCCGGGCCCGGCGGGUGGAGAUCGCCGCCACCUUGGAGCUGAACGAGACCCAGGUGAAGAUCUGGUUCCAGAACCGGCGGAUGAAGCAGAAGAAGCGGGAGAAGGAGGGCCUGGCCGGCUUCGCCUCCCUGGCCGCCUCGGCCAAGGAAGCCGGCGAGGCGGCCUCGGACCGGUCCAGCCGCUCGCCCACCCCCAACGCCUCGCCCAGCUCGGUGUCUUCUUGA